CUUUGCUGUUUUAUACCCACCUUCAUCAUGUUCUUCAACCCCAAGGCGCUCUUCACGAGCGGUCUUGUCUCCCUCCUUUCCGUUCAGGAUGUUCUCGCUGCUCCUCAUCUGGCUCUCCGCCAGGAAAACCCCUCCCAGAUCCUCAAACACAGGUCUUUCGACGACCGUGACAAAUCCAUGGAUGUCAGACUCACAGCCAUCCAGGAUUUGGGCCAAUUGACUGGAAGGUUCAGCAAGCGAGCUCUCUCUCCUGCUGAGGCUUUCGAUCCCACCACCCGCGGCGAGUUGUUCUGGGGAGCUUACGUCGAUGACCACAUUGUCACUGCCAACAUGACCAUUGGUGCUGACCAAGACGAGAUGUUCUUGCUCAUUGAGAACUUCGCUCAGCGUCUCAAGUCUAUCAAGUGCGGUCCUGAUGUCAAGGGUGCCACUCUGACCUUCAACGACAAGGCCGACUUUGACCUCAUCCAGAAGAAGUGGAAGUGGAUCGAUGAGAAGGACCCUAACAGGUUCAUUCUCGUCACUGAGAUGGACCAAUGCUACAAGGGCGAUGACCGUUCCCCUUACGAUGUCAAGGGCAUGACCUUCGAUGCCGAAACCUUGACUGUCAACAUCGACGGUGCUGAGGUGCCAUGGGACACCAUCAAGAACGGUGUUCUCCACGUUACCAACGAAUACGUCGACCCCAAGACUGUCUCUCAGACCCACCCUCAACUCAUCCGCCGUGAAUCUAAGUCUAUUGACCUCAAGAUGGACAAGAGCAUCACCCUUUUCGAGUGGAGCAAGGACUCCAAGGAGAGUGCCGGUCUCGGCAUCAAGGCCAACGUUCACAUGCAGACUGCCGGUGCCAUUCUUGCUGAUAUCGGCAUCGCCUGGGGAGGUUUCCUCGACAAGAUCCCCCAAGGUUUCACUGCCGACUUCAAGCCCAAGGCUCUCGAGGGCACUCUUACCCUCGACCUCGAGCUUGAUGGUAAACUCGGAAAGGAGAUCAACUGGGAUGCCGCUUCCGUUGACAUUCCCGUUGGUGGUUUCACCGUUGCCAAGGUCUUCGAAGUCGGUCCCAUCGCUGGUAUUGGUGUUCACUUCGGCUCUACUGCUAUCGAAGGCAAGGCCCAUCUCACUGUCGGCGCCAAGGCCAAGAUCCCCGACAACGCUGUUGCUCACUUCGAGAGCAAGGACACUGGCAAGAACAAGGUCGAGGGCUGGAAGCCCGAGUUCUCCAAGGUCGACCCCCGCAUCUCUGCCGAAGUCAAGGCCAGCCUCAAGGCCUGGGCCGAUCUUUCCUUCAAGGUCAAGGCUUCCGCUCUCUCUUUCGGUUUCGAGGCUGGUGUCGUCGCUGAGCUUCCUUACUUCGAGGCCUCUGCUGCCGUCAAGGUUGAUACCUCCAAGGGCGUCUGCGACUCUCCGAAAGCCAUGGGUAUUGAGCUCAACACUGAAGUCGGUAUCAACGUCGACUUGGAAUUGGAUGUUGGCAAGCUCGACAACGACCCAACCUGGGGCAAGAACCUCUUCCACACCCAGUGGGACCUGUACAAGACCUGCAUCGGUGUUGGAAAGGACAUCCAGACCACCUCCGUUGCCGACAUUCCCGAUGGCCCUGGAAAGACCAAGACCUCCUCUGGCGACAAGCCUAGCAGCACUUCUGCUAAGACUACUGGCUCUGACAAGCCUAGCGACAAGCCCAGCAGCUCUUCCGCCACUGUGACCAAGUCUUCCUCCAAGGAGUCUGACAAGUCUAGCUCUGGUUCCUCCAAGCCUACUUCCUCUGCUACCAUCACUGGUGCUUCUUCCUCCAAGUCUGACUCUGCUUCCGCAUCCAAGAGCAGCUCCAAGGCUAGCGGAUCCUCUGCUGCUUCCGAGUCCAAGUCCAGCGCUUCAUCCGCUGCCCCUGGCUCCUCCUCCAAGGCCCCCUCCUCCUCCGCCACCAAGACCAGCAGCGGCUCUGUCUCUGAGAGCACCAAGGCCAGCUCUUCCGGCGCUGCCUCUUCCUCUGGUGCCGCUUCCUCAAGCAAGGCCAGCUCCUCUGGCGCUGCCUCCUCCACCAAGGUGAGCUCCUCCGCUGCCGCUUCUUCCAGCAAGGCCGCCUCCUCCAGCAAGGUCGCUUCCUCCGGAGCUGCCUCCUCCUCCGCCGCUGCGUCCGCCACUUCCUCCGGCGCCGCCGAGCCCUCCGGCGCCCCCUCCGGCAACCCAACCUACAGCACCUCCCCCUCUUCCCCCAAGUUCGAUGGUGCCUCCCCCUCCUGCACGAAGUGGUACUCUGUCAAGGCUGGCGAUGACUGCUCUUCCUCUGGUCUCUCUACCCCUGACCUCUGCAAGCUCAACACGGGUCUCGACGCCAACUGCGAGAACCUCAUGUCUGGCAUCGCUUACUGCGUCGCGGCUUAAUUUCUGAGCCCUUAAUACUCGCGGGUGGUUGGUUUUCUUUUCAAAUGCAUAUAUUGUUAUAUAUAUUGUGUGGUUCAGGUUGGGGAUCCAGUGUGAAUUGGGUCAUGAAUAUCAUGGGAUUGGAAUGGAUUGGAUUGGAUUAGCGGACGUUUUUGCUUUGCUUGCUUCUUUGGGAUCUAUUUGGAAAUAUUCAUUAUAUCCUGGGGAAAUCAUCGUUUAUGGGUGUGUAUGUGUUUGUCGCGACAUUUUUUUUUGGAUUUACUCAAGACUUUUCUUCGAUAUCAUGGCAUGAUUAGCUUUUUGUUAUUUUUCUCUUUCUAGAUACUGUAAAGUAUAAAACAUCAGCGCUCUUCGCUUCGGCCAUUCGAGCGUGAAGAAUAAUCAAGAUAUUCAAGAUCGAAUACUUUCUACGCUUGUGCUGACGCCCCCCUCGCCCGGAACUAUUAAUCUACAAUCACCCUCUGCGACCUUCCCCCUCCCCUAUCCCACCAACAGCACCAACAACAACAACAACAACAAAAAAAGUCAAGACAGAAAUUACCUCCCCCUUACGCUCGAAACAUCUCACGAUUCUCACUACCCAACAACCGGUCAGCACUGUCAGACCACCCGCCAUCGCCCACAACACACAGGGCUGAGCACGCCCCUCCCCCCUUAAGACAAAUAAAAAGCUUUUCCAUCCUCCCAAAUCAGGCCCCCAGCAGCUCGUCCCUCCUCGCGUGUUACUAACCAUGACAAUUAACCCAACCGUGCC